GUUGUUGUUGUUUUAUUGUAUUUGUUUAUUAUAUAUAUUGUGCUAGCCUGGAAAUAAAGUCCCCUUCUAGUCAGGAAACAUCUGUUGUGGAGAGAGCUUCUAAUGGUGCAAAUAGGAACAACAUUGAGGUGCCUGAGUGUGUCCAGGGAAGGGUCUGGAGCACAAGUCCUGUGAGGAGUGGCUGAGGGAGCUGGGGCUGUUUAGCCUGGAGAAAAGGAGGCUCGAAGGAGGCCUUACCGCUCUCUUCAACUCCUUGAAGGUAAGGUGUAGCCAGGUGGGGGUUGGCCUCUUCUCCCAUGCAACCAGUGACAGGAUGAGAGGACACAGCCUUAAGCUGUAUCAGGAAAGGUUUAGGUUGAACUCUGUCCUCAGAGAGGGUGAUUGGUUAUUGGAAUAGGCUGCCCAGGAGAGGUGGUGGAGUCACCGUCCCUGGAGGCGUUAAACGAAAGACUGGAUGUGCCACUUGGUGCCAUGGUCCAGUUGACAUAGUGGUGUUUGGUCAUGGGUUGGACUUGGUCUCGGAGGUCUUUCCAAACCUCACUGAUUCUGCGAUUCUGUGAGCAUGAGCAGUGGCAGCGGGAAGGUGAGUGCUGAGGGCAGCAGGGUGACCUCUGCGGCAAAGAGUGGGAAUCAGCGCAGCCUCGGCCACUGGGCCAGCGCCAGAUGGGGGCUUGCGGGCGUUCCGGCAGUGCUGUCCUUGGCCUUGCUGCUUGGCUCUAAAGGAAUCAGAGGUAACCAAGGUGAAAGACCCAACGUGCCUCUCCCUCGGCAGGCAGCUGGGACCGCGCAGCCGGGACCUGCCGCCUUCCCCCAGGGCGGAGCACGGCCCUCGUCCCGCCUGUCCUGGCCCCACUGCUCACUCCGCGCCUUCGCCAUGCCCUUCGCCACCCACCACUUCGUGCACACCGCCUCCUCCAACGCCGCCACGGUGGCCACCAAGAAGCUGCUCAUCAAGCAUGUCACGAUCAUCGGCGGCGGCCUCAUGGGUGCCGGCAUUGCCCAGGUUGGAGCAGCCAGUGGUCAUACUGUGGUGUUAGUUGACCAGUCAGAUGAAAUCCUUAAAAAGUCUACAAAAGGAAUUGAAGAGAGUUUGGGGAGAGUAACAAAGAAGAAGUUUGCAGAUAAGCCUGAGGCUGGUGCUGAGUUCAUUAAGAAGACCUUGAAGAACCUCACAACAAGCACAGAUGCAGCAUCAGUGGUCCACAGCACAGAUUUGGUGAUAGAAGCCAUUAUGGAAAACCUGGAAGUAAAAAAUGAACUCUUCAAGACGCUGGAUAAGUUUGCUCCAGAGUCAUCAAGACUCCAAUGACCAGCCAAAAGACUUUUGAAUCACUUGUGGAUUCCAGUAAAGCAGUAGGAAAGAGUCCCGUCAGUUGCAAGCUCAGCCAUCCUGACUCCAACCAUUCACUGACUGGCUGCAGCAAGCUCGUACUGUGAGUUUCCCUUGCAGCCUCUGACUGCUGGUUAUUUCCUGCUAAACUAUGACUUCAUGUAUUAGUUUGCAGACUCUGAAUGCAGGCUUUUACCUAGCUAGACUAUGACUGCAGAUUCCAACAACAGGCUUUAACUACAAACCGAGACUGACCUCACAGCAUUGAUUGUGUCUCCAGGAACUUUCUUGUUCAUCCUCACCAGCUAAUCCACUCCCUUUUAUCACGCUUAUCUUUAUUGGCUAUAGCUGUGACUCAUCAGGAGCAAGGCUGUAUUGAGUAAUUAACACAGCUGUUGCUUAUCACGGACAAGGUCACCUGUAUUCCCUUCUCCUACAUAUGAGCACUUGAAAAUUUUCCAGGCUGCUUUUUGUCCGGUUUAUCUUCGUAAUUAAAAGCAAUUUAACAAAGAAAACACUCACAUUUACCACAAACUCUUCAAAGUCCAGUGACUCUAGACAUCUUAUCUAGAGCAGCAAAAUUCACAGGUAUCAGGGCUUCCUGUUAUGGAGUCUUUUUUUCAAGUCCUGCAUAAGCAUAGACUGAAGAGCUCAAGCAGGAGCUCAUCUUUAGCCAUGCCAGAGAGAAAACUGCUGCCUCUUAUACCGUGAGGCAGUUGGCCAAAUCCUCCAUGGUGUGUGCUCAUUGCAGGUUUUUCUUAAGACUGCAAUAACUAGACACAUUAAUCUUAAUUUCUUCUCAGCUUUGGUUUUUUUUUCUCUAGAGAAACACCCUACUUUGAAAGCACACUUUUUCUGAAUCCAUUAAGCUGUGGUCUGGAUAGCUUUAUCCAAGUUACUGCUGUAGUAAAUAUAGUAUGUUAAUUCAUGUUUUGAUGGAAUGUAGUAAAUAUAGUAUGUUAAUUAAUGUUUUGAUGCAUUCAAACUGUAAAUAUGUUCUGUAAAAUGUAACACUAGUUCAAGUCAGACACGGAACCGACAAAUUCCAAGGCAGGCAACACCCAGAAACCGCCAUUCAGAGGAGGACAAUGCAAUGCCAGGAACUGGAGACUUUGCCAUUUGCAUCAGAAAAGAGGACACAUCAAGAUAAGCCAUCAGUCCUCCUCCCAGAAGCAACUGGAGCCAUGAGCACCCGACCAUCAUGCUUAUCAUAGGAGGGGAAUGCCUGUCUAUUCAGAAUUUCAUCUUCCAUUCACCCACCGGAGGAAAGAAAUUGACACUUCUCCCUCCCAGAGGAGACCCCAUUCAGCAGAUCAACGACAGCGAUGCAUUCGAAUAACCACCCCAAGAAAACAAAGAACUGUGAGGAAAUCCUAUGCCAGGGGUGAAAUAAACUGUAUAAAACCUGGACCCCAGAAGGGGCCAAUUUGUGAACUCUGGGGGAUUGCAGUGGGAUAGAGGCUGCUUUCCGUUCACCCUCUGACGAUCCCGGGUAAUCGUCACCGUAACUCCGCUUGUUGGUUUUACUGAAAUUCUGUAAUUUUAUUUUUUUAAUAAACCGAAUUAUACUUAAUUGGCAGAGUGGAUUGACAUUUAUAACACUGCUUUGGGUUUCACAGCCCCCAGGAGACAGUUUGUCAUAAAAAGAAGGGUCUGUUAUCUGGUAGUUACCGGAUUAAUUAAUUCAGCUUCUGGAUGCUGGACUCUAAUUCUGACUAUAUUCUCUAAAUUCUGGCUAAAUCAUUCUGUGGACUCAGUUGACUUUUCUCCUAUUUCUGUCAGAGUUUAGUACUAUGCAAUGUGUAGAAUAGAGGAUGAAUUGUUAUAAAUUAGCUUGGAUAGAGAAUAAUGCAGUAUUGACACCUGAAGUUUUUUUUUUUAAUUCUUGCUUAUUGAAGAAACAUUGCUUGGGAUUCUCUGAUUUAAAUAUUGAGAUAAAGUGGAAUGAAUAAUAAACAUCUGAAACAGCAGUAAUAUACAAAAUAAUACUAUAUUUGCAUAACUAUUUCUCUUGCGUUUGUGCUUUUGAUUGAUGUUUGUGCAAAGGUUUUGUAUUAAUUUGUUACCUUCUGACAGCAUGUGUUUUAUCUUUUCAUUGUUAGUGCUGAUGUUUGCUGUUAAAAUGAUCCUAAUUUUCAAAAGUAUGGAUCACCAGUGAGCAGUGGGGAAGAAGCAGACUGUUUAGUCAGGAGUGCUUCUGAUAGUGGACAUACAAAAAAAACCUGCUAGGGAAGAGCUGCUUUUCUCCUAACCUUCAGGAAAUCAUAUCAUUAGACUCUUGAUAAAGAAAAUUCUAGCUAUAUUAAAUUGUUUUAAGAUUAAUUGUUUUGGGCUUGUAGUAGUCAUAUUGUUCUCAGUCAUGACUUUAUGUGCCAUUCCUUGUUUGAAUUUCGCAAUGCUUUAUGUUUUAAUACUGAGCAGAUAAAUGAGAUGAAAAAUACAGUUCAGAGAGUAUCUCAAAUAAUGAUACAAUAAGUGUCUUCAUCCACUUGUUUUAUUUGUCAUGUAGCAUUUGAGUGUA